ACGAAGGCUCGGCAAGAUCACAACAGCAGCGCAGCAUCCCCCAACAUCGUCCCUGAGUACCGACUGUGGGAGGACCAUUGGAUCAGGUGUUCUAAGGAGCUGAACCAGUGGGACCUCCUGAUGGAGUACGGCUCCUCCAAGGCGCACCCUAACCCCCACCUUGUGCUGGAGUCGGCCUGGAGGGUUCCUAACUGGGCCUCCAUGAAGGAUGCACUCGUACAGGUGGAACAGAGCUGCCCCAAGGAGAUGGCAUGGAAGGUUAACAUGUACCGGGGGUACAUCGCCAUAUGUCACCCUGAAGAGCAUCAUCUGAACCUGAUCGAGCGUUUGGUGGAGAUGUCAAGCAGCCAGUCCAUCAAGGAGUGGAGACGACUUCCCCUCAUCGUGGCCAACAUCCACGUUCCCCUGCUGCAGGCUGCCCAGCAGGUUAUAGAGCUGCAGGAAGCGUCCCAGAUCCACACAGGUCUGCAGCCGGCCAACAUCGGCAGGAACUCCUCCCUGCAUGACAUGAAAGCCAUCGUCAAGACCUGGAGGUGA